AUGUUGGCUAGGAAACUUCGACUUGAGCAUGUUCUUGAACAAAUCCCAGGCAGACGUGUCCUCAUUAGAGCCGACUUCAACGUUCCUCUAAAAGACGGCAGAGUCGCUGAUGCUACCAGAAUCGUUGCAACCCUUCCAACAAUUAACAGAGUCCUUGAGCACAAUCCGAAAAGUAUAGUGUUAAUGAGCCAUUUAGGCAGACCAGAUGGCCUUGUUGAGCCAAAAUCCUCAUUAAGACCAGUAGCAGCUGAGCUGGAGCGUCAAUUAGGAAGACCUGUAACUUUUCUUCCUGACUGUGUUGGCGAUGAUGUCGUCAAAGAGUGCGCUGACCCAGCCCCAGGCACCAUCAUCUUACUUGAGAAUCUUAUUCUUUUAUAAGAACCCGCUCAUUUUUUCUCUAUAAAAAGCCUCAUUUUUAUAAAAAAAUAUUAUCUUUAAUCUAGCUAGUAAUUUUUUUGGUCUAUUAAAUAAGUAUAGAUUCCAUCCUGAAGAAGAAGGAGCAGGAAAAGAUGCCCAAGGCAACAAAGUGAAACCAUCCAAAGAAGCAGUCGAAGCUUUCAGAGACUGCUUGACAUCUCUUGGAGACAUUUUUAUCAACGACGCCUUUGGGACAGCCCACAGAGCUCACAGCUCGAUGACUGGUAUCAAGCUUCCAGUCCGUGCAGCUGGGCUCCUCAUGGGAAAAGAGCUCGAAUACUUCUCAAGAGCAUUAGAAAAUCCAGAAAGACCUCUAUUGGUAAUCAUGGGAGGUGCCAAAGUUAAAGACAAAAUCCAGCUCAUCACCAACCUCUUAAACAUCUGUGACGAAAUGAUCAUUGGAGGAGGCAUGGCUUUUACCUUCAAAAAAAGACUCGAAAACAUGGAAAUCGGAAAUUCAAUUUACGACCCUGAAGGAGCUGAAAUUGUAGAAAGCAUCAUGAAAAAAGCCCAAGAAAAAGGCGUCCAGAUCCAUUUGCCGAUUGAUUUUGUGUGUGGAGAUAAAUUCCAAGAAGGCUGCAACGUCCAAACUACAGCUGGAGCAGUCCCAGAAGGAUGGAUUGGUAUGGAUAUCGGCCCACAGUCAGCUGACCAGAUGGCAGAAGCUAUAAGAAGAGCUAAAACUGUUGUAUGGAACGGGCCUCCUGGUGUAUUUGAAAAUUCUGCUUUUAGAGCUGGCUCUACACGAUUUUUCAAUGAAAUUAUUGAAGGAACUGCUACCAGAGGACUAGUCAGUAUUGUAGGAGGUGGAGACACUGCAGCCUUUGUCCAGAGCAUGGGAGCUGAUGUAGCCAGAAUUAGCCAUAUUAGCACUGGAGGUGGAGCGUCCUUAGAACUUAUGGAAGGAAAAGAACUUCCUGGGGCGCUUUUCUUAUCAGAUGUCCAAGCUUAA